UGAACAAGAAGUGUGCCUAAACAAGAAGUAUUCACCUUCCAAGCAAAUGCAUUAAUUGAUGGAAUAUUUAACCUUUAUGCAUGAGUGUAUUUAUGUAUAUAUAUAUAUCCUACCCAAUUAGAUCCAAUGAUCUUACACCCAUGCACUAAAUUACAAAGUAUCCACCAAACUACAUCAAUCAUCAUAUAGAAAAACGAGGACACAUAACUGUGAUAUAACUCGAAAGUUCGGUACUAAUCAAAAUAAAUAAUUGAGUAGAUAUAUAAGCACCAGAUCUAAUUAUAACCCCAACCCCUCUGUCUCCCCUGUUAUAUUCCCAUGGUCAUAGUCACAUUUCGCCCCCCUCUCCCUCUCUCUCUCUCUCUCUCUCUGCGUGGGUGUGUAAAAAUGGAGACCCAACAAUGGUCACUCUCCUCUCUCUACUCCCACCCACUGUUCGCCACCCUCGUCUCCCUCGUCCUCCUCGUCGUCCUCUACGUCCCCCGCCCCCUCCUGCCACUGCUCUUCUCCCCCGUCCUCCUCUCCUCCUUCCUCCUGCUCUUCGCCCUCCUCCGCCUCGGCCCCGAGCCCCCCGAGCCCACCUCCCCUCCCCCGCCAAAACCCACCUCGGAAACCCACGUGGGCGCCGCGGAAACCCAUAAAAAUCCCACCUUUCGCGGCGAGUUCGUGGAAUGGGGCCGCAGAGGGGGCCCCCUCGAGGUCAUCUACGAGGAGUACGAAGAAGGGGCCGAGAAUGGGGAGGAGGGCACGGAUUCGGAGAGCGAGAGCGAGAGUAGCAGGGGCUCUGCAGCGGAGGAGGAGGAGGAGGAGGAGGAGAGAGCUUGGUGGGACUCGGGGGUGAAGCCAUGUUUGGAUUGGUGGGAGGAGGAGAGCGACGGGCUCAUAGAGAUCGCCAUUGAAGAGGAGAACCUCAUAGAGAUCGACAUCUCCGCGGGACGAUGAUCGUCAUCACAAUGGCCGCGGCGGAGCCCUUCAUCCUCCGCCGUCGGAUCGUUGCGAGCGGGGGCUUUGGGGGUUUUUUACUUAACCGAGGGGCUUGUCUACUAAAUUUUGGUUUGUUGGAGGGGUUUAGUGUGAGAUUGCAAUGGCCCUGCAGCGAAGGGUUUCCGAGGAGCGUUUGUCAUUGUUCUCGUGUACAUAACCAAUCGCGUGCGAUAGUUCUUCUUUUUUCUUUUUUCUUUUUUCUUUUUUUUUUUUAUCCUUACAUAAAUUAUUUUGGUAACACUGAUAGAGUGUGGCAUUUACUAAUGCAACCCCGCGAUUAUUGGAUUUGCUAUCCGAGUUAAUUAACAUUUUUUUUCC